UUCAUUGUCCAAGUUUAGCGCUUUCCUGCCCCUCCCCUGCUGCCGCUAUCGCUUCCACCGAGCCGUGCAUAGGCUGAGCGAAGCCAAACGGAGUUUUAAGCAUACACGAGCACAAUGACUCUCGCUGAGAAACUUGCUGCUGCGGUGCAAUAAAUGAGGGUCUGGCGAACGGGGCUUCCUCUGCCUUUCCCCUCUUCGCGGUGGCCUCAAGCAAGCCGAGAGUGCGCUUUGUGCGGCGGAAAGCGCGAUGGCAGAAGCCGCGGACACCCGCGCGGCGGUUCUCAAGGGCGAGGAAGACGCGGAGAUGUAUUUGGAGCCCGGAUCCUUUGAAAUGCCGCCGGCGGCUAUGGGAAGGAGAAGGGAGCGAAGGAGCGGAGUUUCUCUGGCUGUGGCCGCCGCCGAUCCUGAAGCCAGUCUCCUGGAGGCGGCCCGAGCGACACCCCGGAGGAGCAGUAUUAUCAAGGAUCCUUCAAACCAAAAAUGUGGACGCAAGAAGACCGUGUCCUUCAGCAGCAUGCCUUCAGAGAAGAAAAUAAGUAGCGCAAGUGACUGCAUCAGCUUCAUGCAGGCUGGUUGUGAGUUGAAGAAAGUCCGACCAAACUCCCGUAUUUAUAAUCGAUUUUUUACUCUUGACCCCGACUUACAAGCGCUUCACUGGGAGCCAUCCAAGAAGGAUCCUGACAAAGCUAAACUAGAUGUUUCUGCUGUGAAAGAGAUCCGACUAGGAAAAAACACAGAAACGUUCAGGAACAACGGGCUCGCAGAUCAGAUUUCUGAAGACUGUGCCUUUUCCAUAAUUCACGGGGAGAAUUAUGACUCUCUAGACCUAGUUGCCAAUUCAGCAGAUGUGGCCAACAUUUGGGUAUCGGGUUUGCGGUACCUGGUUUCUCGUAGCAAGCAAUGUCUGGAUUUGAUAGAAGGCAAUCAGAACACUCCACGGUUUGCAUGGCUUAGAUCAGUGUUUGAGGAUGCAGAUGUUGAUGGUAAUGGUAUCAUGUUGGAAGACACAGCUGUAGAACUAAUAAAACGGCUGAAUCCUGCCUUAAAGGAGUCAAAGAUCAGGUUAAAAUUUAAGGAAAUCCAGAAGAGCAAAGAGAAACUAACAACACGUGUCACGGAAGAGGAAUUUUGUGAAGCAUACACUGAGCUUUGCACUAGACCUGAAGUUUAUUUUCUGCUAGUGCAAAUAUCUAAAAACAAAGAAUAUUUAGAUGCCAAUGACCUCAUGCUAUUUUUAGAAGCAGAGCAAGGGGUUGCACAUGUAACUGAAGAAAUGUGUCUUGAUAUUAUUCAUAAGUAUGAAUUUUCAGAGGAAGGAAGGUUGAAAGGUUUUCUUGCAAUUGAUGGAUUUACUCAAUAUUUAUUGUCCCCAGAAUGUGAUAUUUUUGACCCCACACAUAAGACAGUUGUUCAAGACAUGACCCAGCCUUUAUCACAUUAUUAUAUCAAUUCAUCUCACAAUACUUACCUAAUAGAAGACCAGGUCCGGGGUCCAGCAGAUAUCAAUGGCUAUGUGAGGGCAUUGAAGAUGAGCUGCAGAAGUAUUGAACUAGAUGUCUGUGAUGGUCCAGACAAGGAACCCAUAAUCUGUAACCGCAACAGCAUGACAUCACCUCUGUCUUUUCAGUGUGUCAUUGAGGUGAUCAACAAAUUGGCCUUUGUUUCUUCAGAGUACCCCCUUAUUCUCUGCUUGGGAAACCACUGCUCCAUACAGCAGCAAAAGGUCAUGGUUGAACAGAUGAAGAAGACUUUUGGAUCCAAGCUUUACACUGAUGCACCACUACCAUCAGAAACAUACCUUCCCUCCCCAGAGAAACUGAAAAUGAAGAUCAUUAUCAAAGGGAAGAAACUGCCUUGUGGUGAGGAUUUGUUGGAGGGAGAAGUCACUGAUGAAGAUGAAGAAGCUGAAAUAUCUCGAAGAAUGUCUGAAGAAUAUUUUGCAGAACCAAGAACAUCUUGGUUGUGCAAGGAGCUGUCUGAUCUUGUAUCUAUAUGUAAAUCUAUCCAGUUCACAGAUUUUGAGACCUCAAUGAAAAAUCAGAAUUACUGGGAAAUAUGUUCCUUCAGUGAAGCAGAGGCCAGUAGAAUUGCAAAUGAGUGUCCAGAGAACUUUGUAAAUUAUAAUAAGAAAUUUCUCUCUCGGAUAUACCCUAGUGCCAUGAGGAUAGAUUCCAGUAACUUAAACCCACAAGAUUUUUGGAACUGUGGCUGCCAGAUAGUGGCAAUGAAUUAUCAGACCCCAGGGCCAAUGAUGGAUUUACAUACUGGCUGGUUUCUACAAAAUGGGGGAUGUGGUUAUGUCCUUAGACCUUCCGUCAUGCGAGAAGAGGUUUCUUAUUUCAGUGCAAAUACAAAAGGCAUCGUUCCAGGGGCCUCUCCUCAAGUCCUGCAUGUCAAAAUCAUCAGUGGUCAGAACUUUCCAAAGCCCAAAGGAGCCUGUGCCAAGGGUGAUGUCAUAGAUCCCUAUGUUUGUUUGGAAAUCCAUGGGAUCCCUGCAGACUGUACAGAACAAAGAACUAAAACCGUUCAGCAGAACAGUGAUAAUCCCAUUUUUGAUGAGAGCUUUGAGUUUGAGAUAAAUCUACCGGAACUUGCAAUGAUUCGUUUUGUUGUGCUGGACGAUGAUUAUAUUGGCGAUGAGUUCAUAGGGCAGUGUGCCAUCCCCCUGGAGUGUUUACAGCCAGGCUACCGACACAUACCCCUGCGUUCCUUUGUUGGAGACAUCAUGGAGCACGUCACGCUUUUUGUGCACAUCGCGAUAACGAACCGGAGUGGCGGAGGGAAACCGCAAAAGCGCAGUCUGACUGCGAGAAUAGGAAUGAAAACUAGAGAUUAUACGAUGCUGAGGAACACGAGCAUUAAGAUUAUCGAUGACAUCUUCAAACUGGCUGUACACCCAUUAACAGAGGCGACUGAUAUGAGGGAGAACAUGCAGAAUGCAAUUCUGUCUGUGAAAGAGCUGUGUGGUCUCCCGCCAAUUACGAGUCUGAAGCAGUGCAUUUUGACCAUGUCCUCGAGGCUGGUGAACAGUGACAGCGUCCCCACGGUAGCUCUCUCCAUCAAAGACAGCGUUCCCUACCUGGAACCUUUGGGGACCCUAACGGAUGUGCAGAAGAAGGUUCUAGCUGCCUAUGACCAGAUGAUUCAAGAGAGCAGAUUUCUUAUAGAGACUGCAGACACUGUUUAUGACAAGAUUGUUCAGUGCCAGAAAGCAGGAAUGGAACUCCAUGAAGAACUUCAUAACUUGGGGACAAAAGAAGGCUUGAAAGGAAGAAAGCUCAGCAAAGCCAUUGAGAGUUUUGCAUGGAAUAUCACAGUGCUGAAGGGACAAGGGGAUCUGUUGAAGAACGCCAAGAAUGAAGCCAUAGAGAACAUGAAGCAGGUCCAGUUGGCUUGCUUGUCAUGUGGACUGAGCAAAACAGGAUGUGGGAAUGCGGAUGCAAAGCCCAAACGAUGCCUUGAGGCAAUUGAAGAAAAGGAGACCGGAGAGGAGAACGGGAGGCUGUGAAAGCUAGUGCUCCCCAGCAUGUCAUAGAUUUUGAUCGCCCGGAAUUAUUUUUUUUACGCAUUUAUAAAGACAGACAGACAGACAGAUAGUAAGAUCCACAUUAGAAUGCCUUCUGCAGGGUGUCAGAAGUAUUAAAAUCCUCACAAUGCCAGUGUUUUAUUGCAGUUCAUUUAUCUAAGUUUAGUGACAGUCCUAAUCAGCCCAAGCUCUGUGCACGUGUCCUUUCGUGUGGGGAGAAGCUAUAACAGCUGUGUCAUGCAUUGCAUAAUUAGCCCUGUUCCUUAUUUAUUAUUUUGGCAUCUUUGAUCAGGUUUGGAUAAUUUUGAGGACCAGGGUUAAAGACCGAGAGCACAUAACACAUCAGUUGUACACUUUCUUCUAUAAUCACUGUCAUGUUGCUGGCAGCUUUUAAUACUGUGCUGUUCCAAUGGCAUAAUACAGAUUUUACCAGCAAAACAAACAAAAAGUCCCACCCCCAUGAAGAAGUCCUCCUGUUAUCGGCAUAGAUUAAUAAUAGAUUCCUCAAUAUAGUAGGAAUGCUAAAUAAUUAAUUUAGUCAUUAAAUUAUGCUGAUGAAAUAUUAAACAGGAUUUUUUAUCAAUUCCGAUUGGAUUUUUGAUGAACAUUCCACUGCCUUUUUGCUAAUCACCAUUGGAAAGGCAUUCAUGUAAUACAUAUUAAUAGAAGAAAUUGGUAACUUUAUUUAAUCCGAGGCAGCCAGGGCUCCAUUUGAGCUCUGCAAACAUGUAGUUAUAUAAACUUAAGUGAUUCCAGGCUUUGGUUAUGAAGUGUGAGAUUUCAAGUGUUCUUUAGACAGAAUAGAACGAUGGUGGCUAAAUUCCAGAUGAUUCCUCAGUGCUUCUUAUCUGGAAGAAAUUUAUACAAACUGUGAGCUUGAGAUAAAACUCUUAAGAUCUUAAUUCUGCUUUCUUUAUUCUGAACAAGUCACAUGGGCAAGGGCUAUUUCUCACGGUAUAUGCCAAAAAUGUCGGCCUAAUUCAAGCUUCCUCCCGUGGCUAAGUAGAAGUAACAUGAAAUAGAGGAAAGCCUUGUCCCCUGCAGGCCUUGAGCCUUCUCUCUCCAGGCAGCUGUGUCUCAUGGCAUAUUCUCAACACGUUUUCAUGUAUCUUCAGCUGUAGGAUUUGGAGGACAUGCUCAACCUCUUCACAAUGGAACAUGAGAAGCGGCCCAAGAAAGCCUCGCCCUGUUAGGUACAAGGGCAAGUUUACGCAACCGAAUUGCGAAGCUAAAGAUGUGGGAUAAGGCAACCAGAGCAGAGCGGUUCAGUGACGUGGCCCCACGACCAUUUAAUACAUUUAUCCCGGUCACGGUCGCCAUGUUACUGCACAGAGUACCAUACGCAUUGGUGUUAGACGAAUGUUUUCUUUUUAAAAAACCAUUUGAUGACAGUCGCAAAGGCCGCAGUGGCUUACUUCAGGGUGCAGCAGUUACGGCAGAGCAGCAAGCCGUGCUUACGAUGCGUCAGAUACUUGGCUGCCCCUGCCCAGACCUGUCCCUUCUUACCCCCAGGCUGAUCAAGCCACACUCCCACAACACCGAUUUGAUUGUGAAUUGGGCCACAAGCGUGAUGCACAAGAAAUAUGAAGCUACCAGAACAGAAUCACUAAAGGCACCAUAGCAGAGGGAAAGGGCAGGGAAACUUAAUAGUUUCCAGCAGAUGUUCCAUAAAGUCUUGCUGAGCAGUUGGGAAUAGAAGAGCUGUGUUGCGCUACACUACAGGCCUGGCUCACGGUAAAGCUGGAAGACAGAAAGAGGGGGAAAGUCUGCCCUUUACCAUCCUUUAUAGUGUCUGGCUCAAAUAUUCUUAACCAUGUUCCUAUAUUUCAGUCUUCUCGAUGUUUGAGUAUGUAUUUGCAUUACCUCUAUUAGAAAUGAGUGUUCUAUGGAUAUAAGAGACUAUAUUUAUUGAAAGCAUUGCUUUUAUUUUGAAAAGCUACUUUUUAAAUUAAUUUGAUGAACAAAUGUGCUGAUUUUUUCUCCUUAACAAAAAUCCAAUUGUUGAAAGUUGACUGUCUGAAAAUCCUAUAUGCAUUAAGUUAUUUCCCCUCCCUCCCCCAAGUUCUUAACAACACUAUUAUGUUCAUGUUGCACAUUCUGAGAGAGUAAAGCUAUGGACAAAACUUUGA